AAUUCGAAUCUUUCGGUCGUCGGCGUCGGUCAUGCGGUCGGAUGGUGUGUGUUUGCUCGGAUUAUUCAGAUGAAUAUAACAAUAUAUCAUAUAACAAUUAAAUAUUACUAAUCAGAGGCCGUAUCAGCCCCCCAAAACAGUGCAGUGUGUGUUAUGUGCUUCGUGUUGUGACCCGCCCCUGUCCUUGUUCCCGCCUUCGAGCAGAAGAAUAAUUUGUGUUAAUUGCAUUAAGAAACGGUAAAGAUUGCCGAAAAAUAUUUGCAAUCAAACAAACAGCGAGAAGAAGGAGCAAGCAAAACGCAAAAAGCAAAAGGCUGCUGCUGUGCAAAGUGAAACGGUUCUUCAACGCACUCUCUUUUCGCCUGUCGUUGAAGCAGAGCGGAGAAGCGAAAACAACAAGAACAGCAGCAAAAGCGUGGGAGACGACAACGACAACCAAUCCAGAUCAUAACGGUUCGCGCGUACGAAACAAAUGUAAACGACAGACGAAAGAAAAGCCAGCAAGAAGCUAAGAAACACAACAGAAAGUGUGCGCUGAAAUAGACAACAACAAAUAUCUGAUCUCUCGAUCAGAAUCAGAAUAUUCGUGGACCAGAGAGUGAAAGGGAAAGAAGUACCGCGCUGGCUUCAAUGCAACUUCGCGUGCACCCUACUAUGGACUGUAGCGGCCGUUCAAAUAGCAAUAUUGAACGCGAUUCCGAUUUGGGAGACGAUCUGUCACAUGGUGAUCGAACGGACGACGAGAUGCGCGACUGCGACUCCGUGGAUGGAGAGCAUCAUCAGCUGAGCGCCAAGGCGGCGAUUGCGGCCAGACUCAGUCACACAGCGGCCGGAGGCGGAGGCCACAACUUUGCCAGUCCCGAUCAGCAGACAGAACUGUCGCUAAGCCAUCAUCACCAGCUGCCGCCAAACCAUCCGCUGAACGCGCUGGGCAGCUUCAUGGGCAUCGGGGGACUACACAGCAUUCCAAAUCUGCAGCACAGCGACGUGCUGGAGAAGCUCAAGAUGCAGGUGCGCGACAUGAAGGUGGGACUAAUGGAACAGGACUAUGCGGCCGCUGCACAUGCGGCAGCCUUCGGGGCCAACAUGCUGCCCACGACGAUUAGCUCGGGCUUUACACUGCCCCACAAUUCGGUGGCUGCGGCAGCGGCAGCAGCCUCCUUUGGCCAUGUCGCAACGGCGCCCACCGCCAGCAAUGGAGGAAGCUACAAUGGGGGUGUCAUGCUAGGAGGAGGAGGAGCAGGAGGCGGUGGCACCACCACCACCACACCAAGUUCGGGCAGCAAUCCAGCCACCAAUGGAGGCAGCCACUCCGUUUCCAACAACAGCAACAUCAGCCACAACAACAACAACAGUAACAGCGGAGGAGGCGGAGGAGGUGGACCAGGAGGAGGAGGAGGAGGAGGAGGACAUCCCUUCUCGUUUGCAUCGCCCACAGCAGUGGCAGGCGGCGGCAAAGAAGCCCGCCACUUUGCAGCUAAUUCCGCAUCGAACUCAUCGACGUCCAGCGAGGCAUCGAAUUCAUCGCAGCAGAAUAAUGGAUGGAGCUUUGAAGAGCAGUACAAACAAGUCAGACAGCUCUACGAAAUCAAUGACGAUCCCAAGCGCAAGGAGUUCCUCGAUGAUUUGUUCUCGUUUAUGCAAAAGCGCGGCACGCCCAUCAAUCGGCUGCCCAUUAUGGCCAAGUCCGUGCUGGAUCUGUACGAGCUGUACAAUCUGGUGAUUGCGCGCGGCGGCCUCGUCGAUGUCAUCAACAAGAAGCUGUGGCAGGAGAUCAUCAAGGGACUGCAUCUGCCGUCGAGCAUCACCAGUGCAGCGUUCACCCUGCGGACACAAUACAUGAAGUAUCUGUACCCGUACGAGUGCGAGAAGAAGAACCUGAGCACACCGGCCGAGCUGCAGGCGGCCAUCGAUGGCAAUCGGCGGGAAGGACGCCGCUCCAGCUACGGCCAGUACGAGGCCAUGCACAACCAGAUGCCCCUGACGCCCAUUUCGCGCCCCUCGCUGCCGGGUGGCAUGCAGCAGAUGUCGCCGCUGGCCCUGGUCACCCAUGCGGCGGUGGCCAACAAUCAGCAGGCCCAGGCAGCAGCAGCCGCCGCGGCCGCACAUCAUCGACUGAUGGGUGCGCCAGGAUUCGGACAGAUGCCCAAUUUGGUCAAGCAGGAGAUCGAGAGCCGCAUGAUGGAGUAUCUGCAGCUGAUUCAGGCCAAGAAGGAGCAGGGCAUGCCGCCAGUCCUGGGCGCCACACAUCCCCACCAGCAGCACCAACACCCACACCAGCAACAGCAGCCGCCGUCACAGCAGCAACAGCAUCUCCUCCAGCAGCAGCAGCAGCAGCAGCGGCAGCGAUCACAGAGCCCGGACAUCAGCAAGCACGAUGCGCUCAGCGCUCAGGUGGCACUGUGGCACAUGUACCACAACAACAACAGUCCACCUGGCUCGGCACACACCUCCCCCCAGCAACGCGAAGCCCUGAACCUCUCCGACUCUCCACCAAAUCUCACAAACAUCAAAAGAGAGCGCGAGCGGGAGCCGACGCCAGAGCCCGUGGAGCAGGACGACGGACCGCACCACCCACCGCCGGCCAAGCGAGGGGGCAGCAGCCUCCUGCCGCCUGGCUUCCCCGCCAAUUUCUAUCUGAAUCCACACAACAUGGCCGCCGUGGCGGCGGCAGCGGGCUUCCAUCACCAGGCGAACAGCGGCCAUGGACACCAGCACCAGCAGGAUGCCGCCUCCGAGGGAGAGCCCGAGGACGAGUACGGCCAUGCUGAGCACAACACCACGGGCAACUCCUCGUCCAUGCACGACGACGGCGAGGCCCAACAGAUGAACGGACACCACCAUCACCAUCACCAGAGCCAUCAGCUGGACAAGUCGGAUGACUCGGCCAUCGAGAACUCGCCCAGCACAUCCACCACCACGGCCUCGGUGGGGCAUCGCCACAGUUCGCCGGUGUCCACCAAGAAGAAGAGCGGUGGCAAGGCGGCCCAGGCCAGCGGCAAGGAUCAGACCGAGGAGAAGUGUGGCGCUAGCUCCGGCAAAAUGAAUCCCCUGGAUACGCUGAGCCUACUCUCCGGCUUGCAGUUCCAGGUGUCCAGGAAUGGAACUGGCGAGAACGGAGAGCAGCAGCUCAUUGUCAAUCUCGAACUGAAUGGCAUCAAGUACUCGGGUGUCCUGAUGGCGAAUGCUCCAAUCGGGGACCAGGCGGAGACCAGAACGGGAUCGCCAUGCCCCGAGCCAGCGGGUGACAACGACGACGACGAGGAGGAGGAGGAAGAGGAGGCUUCGCAUGCCGUGGAGGAGGAGGCUCAACGUUCGCCAGUCAAAGAAGAAGCCAGCGAGGAGACAGACCAGGAUAUGGACACCAGUGCUGCUGCUGCCAUUGUGAAUGGUGGUGGGGGGACUGUGGGAGUGGGUGCUGCCGGUGUGGGUAUCUCCCUGCUGAAGGAUGCGGUGCUCAGUUCGUAGGCCUGCUGGGAAAAGUAUCGAGAGAGGAAUACCAAAGUCAUAUUUUUCAGAAAAAUACAAAAGAAGUAAAACUCACACAAGCACACAGAUGCAUCAGAACCUACAUAUAUGUAUAUACACACACACCCACACACACAAACACAAAAAAAAAAAAUAUGCAUACGCAAACACAAACACAUAAAGGAGACAGGACAGAAGAUACAUAGAGAUGUGAGAUAUUAGAUGGAAUAUAAGAUGCAUCGAUGCAUCCAUUGUUCGGUCGGAACAAGAGAAAAGCAUUCGAAAGAGGCAGAAUCGAAUCAAUAUGAUUCGAAUCAAACGUUUUAUGUAUGUGUAGCAUACCCCCCCAUAACCCAUAACCCACACCAGCAACCCGCUCUAAGACUAACCGCAGCAUAUAGAAGAUCAUAUAAAUAUAAAUAAUAUAUAUGUAUAUAUACAUAUACAGAAAGAAGUAUAUAUAGGAUAUAUAAGUUAUGUAUGUAUGUAUAUGUCUGUUCAAUUUCCACAUUUGCAUAAAAGACAAGCUGGCGAGCAUAUGUAUGUAUUUAAUGAUAGAUCUUACACAUAAGCAACUUACAUAUCUAUAUGUACAUGUAAGUGCAGCAUCGAUAAAGCAAUUAACCCAUAGAUACGCAUACGCAUACACAUACACGUACACACACACAUAGGCUAGGCAUACCAUACAUAGGCUUCCCAGAAAUCAGUUUGAUUUUUUUUAUUAUGAAAUUUCAUCACCUUAAAGUAACCAUUAAUUUGUGUUAGGCUUGAAAGCUCUUCCUGUACAUAUCAAUCAAUAUUGUAGUAUGUAUACAAAAACACACACACAUCUAUAUAUAUAUAUAUAUAUAUAUAUAUAAAUAUAUAUCUUUACAUAAUUAUAAGAACACAUUCAUAUACAACACACACACACAAGCAAACAUAUCCAUUGUGACCACAUUUGAGUACACAUCAUUAUAGAGAUAUAUUAGAUGUAGAGCCUAAACAAGUAAUAAGUAUAAAUGUAUUUGUCGUAAAAUUAAAUUGCGCUCUUGGCCCAAACACACAGACAAACAGACACAGACACACUCCCCCCCCCUGCAGAGGCGCCGCUUAUAAGUAUCUUCGAACUACUGCAGAGCCAAGCAGAAAGUCGGCAGACACCAACAAGAAGAACAUGGACAUACAAAUAUAUUCAUAAGCAUAUAAGCGUUCAAUUUAUUGAAUAAUAAAUCUAUUUAAUUUUA